GCGCUUGCGCAGUGCAGUCCGCGUCCCGUCGUGCCGGCAGCUGUGUCAGCCAACAGCGAGCAGCACGUGUUUGUGUGGAGGCCCUGCGUCUUCUCAGCUCGUUUCUGCCUGCCUGUUGCAUGUGCAGUGGGGAAGCCGCCGCUACGACUCCCUGUUGCGUCGAUACGUGAGCAGCGUUCCAGCAGUACAGGCACCUCCAACUGACCAGCCAUGUGCAAAGCGAGCAAGCCGUGCGUGAUGGCGGCCACGGUGGUGGGCCUUCUGGUCAUCAUCCUGGUGAUCGCGCUGCCCAUAGCGCUGCAGGACGACUACUCGGCCUACGAGUCGCUGGCGGGUCGGCCCGUCCCCCCAGAGGUGGCCGCGCUGCUAAAGUCGUCGCCGCUCAUCGACGGGCACAACGACUUGCCGCACAACCUGCGCCUGCUUACGCAUAACCAGCUGAGCGCCGUGGACUUCCGCAGGAACCUGCGCACCGACGCCGUCUGGAACUGCUCGACCUGCUUCACCGACAUACCGCGCCUGCGGGCGGGCUUCGUCGGAGCACAGUUCUGGGUCGCGUACGUGGACUGUAAGUCGCAGUACGAGGACGCAGUGGAGAAGACCCUGGAGCAGAUAGACGUCAUCAAACGUUUCAUCAAGCAGUACCCCAAGGACCUGCAGUUCGUCAAGACGGCCAACGGUAUUGAGGAGAGUUUUCGCAAAGGUCAGAUAGCCAGUUUACUGUGUGUAGAAGGUGGCCAUUCAAUUGACUCUCGGCUUGCAGUGCUGCGUCUCUACUAUGAGUUGGGUGUGCGUUACAUGACACUCACACAUUCUUGCAGCACUCCCUGGGCUACAGCAUCUCCUGAAGACAAAGAAGUUCUAACAGUAAAAGGUUUAACAGAUUUUGGGAAGGUGGUUGUACAAGAGAUGAAUAGAUUGGGCAUGAUGGUAGACCUCUCACAUGUAUCACACCAAACAAUGCUGGAUGCAUUGAAUGUGACCAAAGCACCUGUUAUAUUCUCACAUUCAUCAGCAUGGGCUAUCUGCAAUCAUCACCGCAAUGUCCACGAUGAUGUUCUGAAGCUUGUGGCUCAAAAUGGUGGCGUUGUAAUGAUAAAUUUCUACACUGAAUUUGUGCAGUGCAACAAAACUGAACCAGCAACAAUUGAUACUGUUGUAGACCAUAUCAAUCACAUUAGGAGAGUAGCAGGUGUUGACCAUGUUGGUAUUGGUGCUGACUAUGAUGGUGUUGAUGACGUGCCUCUAGGCCUGGAAGAUGUUGCAUCAUAUCCAUUUAUCUUUGAACGUCUCAUGAACCCAAAACCUGGUGAACCAACAUGGAACAAUACAGAUCUUCAAAAGCUGGCUGGACGGAAUCUGCUGAGAGUGCUGCACAAAGUAGAGAUGGUGAGGGAUGAAAUGGCCAAAAAAGGUGUGAAACCCUAUGAAAAUCUCAUACCACCAUCUGAUUUGGGUAAUAAUACAAACUGUCGCUCAGAUGGAUAAGGAGUGUGUGUUGUGUGUUGUGUGUCUUUAUGAUUUGUAUGUUUGUACAUAAUAUGUGAACAAAAACUUUUAUAAUCUUUAUUAAAAAUAUAUGUGAUUACAUACUUUUA